CACACAGCUGGUGACAUUUGCCUAUCGGGACUUGCCCCUGGCUGCCGUUGACCUCUCCACGGCUGGCUCGCAGCUCCUGUCAAAUCUGGAUGAAGAGUACCAAAGAGAAGGGGCAAUGAUAGAGUGUUCCAGCUGGAUGUUUGAUGCCCUGUUUUGAAGCAGUAGCAGGUUGAAGAAUUGAAGGCCCAAGAAGGGCAGGAACAAGUCCUAGGGUCACACAGCAGCUCACAACAUUGCUUUCCCCAGCCCAACCCUGCGGCUCUUAGACAUAGAAUUGUAAACACCAGUGAGGACCAAAGGAGCCAAUUCUGGGCGACUCUCCCAGAUACCUGUAAAUAACUUAGAACAUGCUGGCUGCUUUGAUUAUAAAAUUAAGGUUUGUGGGUAUUUUAGAAUCAAACAAGAAGUCUUAGCUAUAGCUAGAUUCGAAGAGCUUGGAUUCCCUGUGCUUUGUUCCUGAAGGGGCUCUCCUGGUCCCAAGAUAAACUGCCUAACAAUCGUGAAACCGUACACUUUCUUUUGCAGAAACGAUACCCCAGUGGCAUUCACUGAAAAUAUAAUUUUUCCAAGUAUUGUGCAUACAGUCAGCAGGACCUUGGAAUAAAAAGACAGGCAAGCAGGCAGGAGACAGCUGAGGGAUGCUUGGUGGUGGCAGCGUGCUGUCCUUUGUGAAGUAGGCUCAGCCCUUGUCAACAGCCUGGCCCGUCUCUCCUCUUGAAAUUCACUGGGCUCUAGAAAUCCUGUAGCCUGUGGGUCUUUCUCUGAGCCCCCAGCAAGUCUCUGUGUGACUGCACCCUGGUGGUCAAACACAGUAGUGCAGCCACCUAGAAUGCCGUGGAUGUUCUUAAAACUCCCGGCCCUGGCUUGAGGGUACCAUAGGCUCUUUCCAAGUCAACAGUGAAAGGGCGUGGAGAGAGGCAGGAAUACUGCCAAUGAUUCUAUUUCAGAGCAAUGUUCAUAUCUUCCCCUCGUGUGUGUCAGUGCACGUAGGUGUACCCCUCCCAGGUAUGCCACACUGGGGUGUACCAUUCCCCCACCUGAACUCAAGGAAAAAGCUGUCAGAAAGGCCUUGCUCUAUCAUUCAGUUUGCUUUUGAAUGGGGCCUGCAAGUCUUUCUUCCAAUCAGCGGGAGAAUACAGAUGAAGUGCCUGCAGGCAGAGAGGCCCUUGUUUGAUUUGAGUCUCCAGGUGUGCUCAGGAAGCUGCUCCUGUUGGGUCAAGGAAGCAGCCUGUGGAGGGGCUCAACUGGCAGCCACAGGGCCUCCUGGAGGAAGGAAGAGCAGGCACAGGACAGAGGCACAAGAGCACACUGUGCAGGGACAGUGCCUCUCCUCACAAUCUUGGCUCGUGCCACAUUUCCUGGGGUUUUCCCAAAUUUCCAGCUUGGCCCUUUCCAAAGCAAUGUAAACCAAAACGAAGGGUCUGUAUUGACAGUGCUGAGCUCGGUUAAGCCUCUUCCUCCUCCAUAACCCUUCUUCCUGCUAAGGGGAGUGCUCUAGAUAGGAAUGUAUCUUCUCUAUUUUAAAUGAAAAGCUCUCGGGGACACCACGGAGAAGGUGCCCAGUGACUCAGCUGCCCUGCACUCACGUCCCUCGGGCUCAGUGACAGUCAGUGCUUUGAAGUUCUAGACAGUUAGAGCUGGGGGAGACCUUCGCAAGGUGAAUGUUCUAAGCAUCCUAACAGGAUACUGGGCCAGAGUGCAAGGAGCCUGCUCAAGAUCACACAGUGACAGAGACAGGGACAGCCCCAUCUCCUGGCUCCUGAUCUAGGCCAACACACUGGGAUUAUCCAUUUAUCACCUGUCCCUUUACCUGUCACUCCUAUGGCUGUGGGCACCCUCCACUGCCCAUGAGAUACCACUGCCAGGCUGCUCUGUUGAAUGAACACCUUGAACUUCUUAGUGUGUUUUUUUUUUGUUGUUGUUGUUGUUGUUUUCAAAAAGCAUUUUUUUCAAACUGUGGUUAAAUACACAUAACAUACCAUUUAUGAUCUUAACCAUCUUCAGUGUAUGAUUCAGUGCCUUCACAGUGCCACAUGAUGAUCACUGCCAUCUGUCUCCAGAACUCUGUACCUGUUAAACAAUUCCCUUCCCCCCACCAUUCUCCCUUCUGUCUUUGAUUUUGACUACUCCAGGUAUCUCACUUAAGUGAAAUCAUACAAUAUACGCCUAUUUGUGACUGGCUUAUGUCAAUGAGAAUAAAGCCCUCAGAAUUCAUCUGCGUUAUAGGCACAUAUCAGAAUGUCUUUCCUUUUUAGGGCCAAAUAAUAUUCCAUUAUCUGUCUAUAUCACAUUCUGCUUAUCAGUUCAUCUGCCAGUGGACAUGUGGGUUGCUUCUAGAUUUUGGCUAUUGUGAACUAUGCUGCUAUGAACAAAUGAGCAGCAUCUUUGCAACCUUGCUUUCGAUUCUUUGGGAUACAUACCCAGAAGUGGAUUGCUGGAUCAUGUGGUGAUUGUGUUUUUAAUGUCUGAGAGUCCGCCAGGCUGUACCAUUCUACCUUUGCACCAACUGUGCACAAGCAUUCCAUUUUCCUAUAGCUUCACCAACACCUGUUAUUCUCUGUUUUGGGGGGAUGGUAGUAGCCACCCUAAUGCAUGUGAGUUGCUUUGGUGUGCUUGUAAGAGCAUUUCCCUGAGAGCCUGGGAGGUGAGUGGAAGUAACAGUCCUCCGAUUCAGGCUAAGCCCCGAGGCACAGGUGGAGAGCCGCCUGGGUCCAGCUCCUUGACUUGCCCAGGAGCCCUCUGUCUUUCUGACAUGUCCACCUAGCAGCACCACACUGCAGCACUGUCUGCCGUCCACCUGGUCACCUGUGCUGUCAGGCUGCUCCGGGCCCAGGGAGGAGAGUCAGACAACGGUACCGAUUGGCUCCUCCCCAGACUCAGGGUCUCCAGCCUCCGCUUGAUUUUCAGUGGUGCCUGACAGUCCUCCUCCCUGGUCCUGGACAGUCCCCAGCAGCUGUUCCUCGUUGCUUCCAUUUUCCUCAAUCCUCUCUUUUCCCCAGUAGAUGACCCCUUCUCCUCCUUCCUCUCUCACGUGGGCUGCACCGCAGCCCCCAGGCUCUCCCUUCCAGGCCCAGUCUCAGCUGCUGAGUUCUGAUUUCACCCCUCCGCCUUCUGGGUAACCUUGUUCCAUCAGCUAUAGCCUCUCCCUGUCUCACCACACAUUCAAGGCCCUCAUGUCCUCCCUUGACCCCACAUCCCCAUUGUCCACCACCACCCCUCCUUGUCUUUGCAGUCAAACUUCUUACAAGCCUUAUUGGCACCUGCCAAGAACCCUCUCCCCUCCCAUCUAUCAGUCUGCUGCAGUCCAGCUUCAGCCUUAUCCACGCCCUGGAAACUGUCCCCCUCAAGGACAGCAACUGCCUCUUUGCUGCUAGGAUCCUGAUACUGUCCUCUGUCUAGCGUUUGAAACUGGCAGCCCCUGCCUCCCUCUUGAAGCAGUCUUCCCUGUCUGCCAUCACAUAUAAACCCUCCGGACUUUCUUCCUCCUCCCCUGACUGUUCCUUUUAGGCCUUUUAAAAAUUGUUUUUCCUCUGCAUGUUCUGUAAAUGUUGGGGUUCUCCAUUUUCUGCCUUUGGCCAUUUCCACUCUACUUACUCUGCACACUGGGUAAUUUCAUCCAUUCCCAUAACUUAAAUUAAAUCCUUCAGCUGGUGAUGUUCAAAGCCGUACCUCUAGCCUGAAUCUCUCACUCAAACGCCUGACACAUAUCCACCUAGGCUCCUGGACAUCUUCAUGGGGAUCCCAACAAUACCUCAGAAUCCUGACAAGCUUCCACACAAUUAUCUGUCCUGGUGCCUCCAAGUUGCCUGCAUGUGUGAGAGGAGAACUGUUCUUGUUUCCAACUAAGUCAUUGCUAAAAAUAGCCUUUUCUGUGGCAGCACUCAAAUCCAGCCCAAGGAGCCACAACUCACCCGUCCUGGCCAUCUCAAACCCAGUGUGCCCCAAAUGGGACUGUUUUAUCCCCAGAAUGUAUGGCUCCAGCCAGUGGAACCUAGAUAUUGCCUGGCCUCACCGACCCAUUAUCACCAAAACGAGCCACACGUGCAUCUACAAUGGUCACUUACAAAGACACAAACCCUCCUUCUUGCCUUGACAGGAACCAGUGUCCUCCAAGACACACCAGAGCUGUGUGAAGCCUGUCACUUACAGCCAGCCCUGGAUUUUGUUUUCCUCCUCUGCUCUGGCUCCUUUCAUCCUCAUUCUAGUGCCCAUGAAGCUAUAACUGCCGAUGGCAUCCAUUAUAGAAAUGCUAGUGCCAAGUCCAGCAGCUUCGGGAACCAAGAGCCAGUGCAAUAUGAGCUGCAUGCGAGGUGGGCCAGAAAAGUUCUUCCCCAGCCCAGCUCUACACAGGGCUGUCGAUGUGCUGCUUAUGGCCUUGGCUCUGGUCCUUUAUGCUUCUGGCCAUUACCUCUCUAGAUCCAGGACUCUAAUUCAGUCCAGUUCAAUCCACUGUGCUGGCGCAUCAGGCUGGCUCCGCCAUCUUCCUUUCCCUUCCUAUUUGUGUCCCCCCAACCAAGUGCUUCCCUCCCUCGAUAGUGAUAACAAAACUUCCAUGCAUGUCCACAGGGAGACACUCAGGAGAGGGGGAGACGGGGAGCAGAGGGGGUGUCUGACCCCAGCUGAGGCUGUCAUGAAGCCCUGCUGCAUCCAUAACAUGAGACCAGCUCAGUUUCUUCUCCCUCAUGCCCCAUGUUCUGUCACCUUACUGCCAUAAUAUCACUUCACUGAACCAAAGAUUCUUCCACAAAAGACGAGUAACUCUAUCAUGCAGUUGCUUUGGACUGUGUGUAACAAAUUCACUAGGCCAUGUAACAUGGAGUCUAGAGCCAGCUCUGAGCAGCUCUGAGGUUGGUCCAACAACUUGCCAGUGUCAACAAGGGUGGGAUUCCUUUCCUCACUCUGAUGUCUAACAGCACUGGCUUCUAGACACUAUAAGAUGCCCUUGAGGUUUGUAAGAGGGCUGCCUGUAGUAAUUAGGCUACAUCUUUCCUCAUUCACAUCUGGCAAGACAGAUGCCCAUCAUUUUUUUGAGAGUUCAAAGAACUUUCCCAGAAGCCUCUGGCCACUUUCACCUCAUGUCUCAUUGGCUAGAACUGAGUCUCAUGACAAGGGAUAUGGGGAAGUCCACAGGCCAAUCAGGCCUACCCUUUGAACAGGGCCAUUUCCCAGCAUAUAUUGCAGUUACCCCAGUGGGACAGCACUAGUGUGGAAUCACCCAUCAUGCAUCACAUCCUUUAAGAGAGCCAACUCUCCAUUCUUAGCCUUCAAUUCAGAAUUCAACCUUAAUUUCAUCAAUUUCUAGUCAUUUUUUAGUUCGGGAAAAAUCUCCCUCUUAGACUUCAAUAACGGUCAUCUUGAUUCUUUCACCCCAGUGCAAUUUGACCUGUCCUUGUCCUGGUGGACAAUCCUGCAGCUUUCUGUUUGCACAUAACCAAAGCCCUUUAUUCCUUGGUCUCAUUCUUUGGCAUUGAACACCACUCCAUUCAGUGGUGGGAAAGUGAGGUACAGAACCAUUCUCAGCAAACACUGUCUACCUUUGGAAGAGGGAUACUGAGUUUCUAGGAAGCUAACUCAUGGCAUACACUGGAACUUCCAUGUUCUCUUAACCAACUACAGGACACUGAAGGCAUGGUUGGUUUGCUGGGUCUGGGCAAGACGAGAAGCCACAAAAGAGAAAAUUCAGAGAAGCCUAGAGUUCCACCCUAGAGAGGCCUGCAGCCCAACAGGAGAGACGCUGUGACUGUGCAUGUGUAGAGGAAGGUGGUGCAAGGCAGAGUCAUCAUCCCCUUCUACAAAUGAGGCCCUGGUCACGUAGAGGGACAGGGCUCUUUUUGGUGAAACAAGGGAGUGGAGAGUGUGAAGGAAGAGUUUGUGGAGUAGUCUUUGUCCAAAAUUAAAGUAAGAAAUGAACGCUCUUCCACAUUUAGUGAAGUAAUUAUUUCUCUCUUAGGGUUCAGGACUGGGUCCUAAAAGAGGUAAGGGCUGGACUCCCAGACAGCAGAAGGCUGGAGGAAGUACAGGUCUUGGGUAGGCCAAAAGGGGUGCUGUUACUUAGAGAUGAUGCCAACGGCACAUGUCUGCCAAAAUUUCACAGUAAGAGGAAGACAACAUAAUGGGGGCACAGGAAUAUUUUUGAGAUGUCAGGUUAGAAAAAUAAGACGAUCCAAUAUAGCAAACAUCUCUAAAUAAGGACUGAAGUAAUUUUAGAUAUGCUAGCAAGCAAAGGCUGGGGGCAAAGAAAAGGGAGGGGGAGCAGCCUGUGAAGCCAUGGCCCAAAAUAUCUCCCUCUCUUCCCAGAAUGUCUUGCUUUAGGACCAGGUCCUCCCAGAAAGUCUCCCAUCCCCCACCCCCGCAGCCUAGGCCCUCGCCUCAGUGCUCCCACAGUCCUUUGCCUUCAUUUUCACCAUGUCCAGAAACAACCCUGAGCUCCUCCUCUCUUUCCAAGUCUGUCUCCAGUACUGGGCCAGGUGCUGGAACACUGAGCCUGUUAUGAAUGAGUGAGUGAGUGGGUGGGGCUGGGUAAAGAUAAGGAUCAGAAGACAGAAGGGGGAGCCAGGUGCCCUCAGAGAGAGGUGACUGCUGGUAGGAGGAAGAGCCACAUGGGAGGGACCAGGCUUCUCAUGCCCAGAUGUCAAGAAGGCCAUGAUGGCCGCACUCACUCUGAGCAUCCUUGCUAACUCCACACCCCCUCCACAAAAUCUAAAAGAAAGAAAUAGUAUUUGCCACAGAACAUGCCAGCUUCACUUAGUAAGAGUUUAGCAUCCUGUUAGAAGAAGGAAAAUCCUUUGGGGGUUCAGGGUUAACAGUUCACCCAGCCACGAUCACGGGAAUGGGAAAUCCAGAAGUUCCUCAUCGUGUGGUUUGUGAAGACUGUUAGAGCUUCAUUAAUCCACUUUAUUAAUGCAGUGAGACUUGUCUAUAAGAAAACACCACUCUUCUAGGGUACCAGCUGCCCCUGUCCCCAAGCUAACCUUGCAAAUCCAUGACCCUCUUUAUAAUUUUAGAAGACUCGGGCUUUCACCAGAGCUCUCAAAACCCCAACCAGUGAAUACAGGCUUAAUUCAGAUCAAAAUAUUUUCCUGGUGAAUGCAUGCUAUUUCAUUUUCCUGUAGUCCAGGAACCCUAAAGACCCAUGAAAAGGGCGAUGAGUUCAGAUACCUGAUUUCUCAGCAAAAUAUCCACCCAUGGCCACCUAUGCGUAUGCUUGACAGCCAUGGGAGACCACUAGAUGGCGGCAGAGUGCCUCAGACCACCUGGGGGUGGUGCAGGGUGCCCACAGGGAGGGGAGAAAAGUUUAAAGUUUAUUGUAAGGCCAGGUUCCCCAAGGAAAAUGAGCAGAGUUAAUGGCACCUGAGAUAAAAUGACACCCAUCCCCCAAUCAUCCCUGAAGGUGCUUGGGAUCCAGAUUUCAAAGAGAAGGAGGGAGAACAUGGCCAACCCAGGAUUUGCAGAACCACAGCCAACCCAGAGAGCUCCACAGUGGAGAAGAGGGGUGUGCUGGAAAACUCCAGCCAACUUCUAAGUCACCUCUACCAAGUUAGGAAGCAGCCUCACCAGGCAGCCCUGCUUGCAAAGCACAGCCAAAGGAGAUUCUUGUGAUCAGUUCCCAGAAUUGAGGAUUCCAGGGAUUAAAGGAGGCCUCAUGGGCCCUUGGUCCAGCAGUACCCCACUCACUCCCCUGAGUCAAGCUUGAACCCCUUUCCAAGUAACUGGGAAACCAUUUCUUGACCACAUCCUACCUAGAUGGCAGCCCUUCAGAAAUGUGUGGAUGACGCCUGUGGUCCCUUGGGUAGGAGCAGCCAGUUCAUGGUGUGUGUUGGCCAUUGUACUCCCUCCUGGGAGGGUUAGUAGCUUGCCAAGUGGAGUGACAGUUCCUGCCUCCUAACCCUGAGCUCUUGCCACCACACCCUGCUGUCUUUCCCAGAAUUGACAUUUCUGAGGAUGCAAAACAUGUGAGAUUCUGGGACAAGGAAAUGCCAGGCUCUGGCGACCCCAGCUGCACACCAUCCCUUUCCCUCCUCCCCAAGGCAUUGGGGCUAACCUUUAGCUCCAAUUGUGGAACAGAAGCUGUCUGCCUGGAACUGCAAUUUAUUUAGUUCCCCAGAGGGCUGGGAGAGUCACCUCUCACCUCCACCCCGAGAGUACUUUUGUGAAGAAUGCUGUGUGCUCAUGUUCCUGGGUCUAUGUGCGCUGCUAUGGCUUGCAUGUAUUAACGCAUAACAUGUUGCUUACCGCACAGAUCUCCAACAAUGAUGAGUCAGAUACAGGAAAGGGGACUGAUUAUCUAACUCUGGGUAGCUAAUCUAAUUCUAGAUAUCUUAGAAAUGGGUACAGGGACAAAGGAAAAGCUCAGUGGUGCUUUUCUUUUUAGUCUCCCUGAGAAAGGGAGGAAGAAGUUCCAGUAAUCAUUUCACAUGUCCCUGUGAGUUUCAGAUUGGUAGUUGUAAUAGGUCAUCCUUCACCUGCUUUUCUCUCCCUUGGUGGUUUUAUGGAUGUUUUUGCUUGUUGUUUUUGUUUUUGUUUUUGCUUUCUCGCGUGGUCUAAGGCUAGGAGCUCCUUGCACAGGCUGAUUUCACUUACAAGGCUAUAGCUUCCAUGGAGACAAAGACCCUCUUCGCCUCAUGUGCCCAGUGCAGUGCCUAGCAUUCAGUGGGCACGUAAUAACUAGAUGUGGAAUGGAAUGGUUGUUGAAACUACCCAGGGUUAGAUAAUUAGAUCCCUUUUUAAUGUUCCUGUAUUUGAACCGUCAUUGUUAUAGAUGUGCACGGUAAGCAAUGUGUAUGCUUUACAUAUGCUCUUUUUAAUAUUUUAAACUUUCACUACACCCCUGAAAAGGCAGAGAUCUCCACCUUGGAGAUUAGGAAACUAAGACUCGAAUAUCACACUCAGGGGAUGAAGCUGUGGCUCAGUGGUAGAGCACUUGCCUGGCAUAUGUGAGGCACUGGGUUUGAUUCUCAGCACUGCAUAUAAAUAAAUGAAUAAAAUAAAGGUCCGUCAACAACUAAUACAUUAGUUGUUGUUGUUUUUUUUUUUUUAAAAAAAAGACUGCACUCAGCAUUCAGUCAAUGUGAGGCUGUGAUUUGUAGACACUAGUUGCCCCCAGAAACCAAGCUAGAAAAAGCCUGGCUAUUCCCCACCAGAGAAGAAAGUUGAAGGACUUGCCUCUUGAACAACUGAAAUAACAUUUGUAAGUGUGCAGAACAGCUCCUGGUGCAAAGGAUGUACCAUGUAAGUGCCAAGUAAAUCAAUAAAAAUGAAGCCCAUGUCAGUGAAAAAAGUUAGAUUUUCUCUGACAUUAUUUUAGUCAGCUGGAGUAUACACAGUAAAGUAAAGGGGGGGCCAGGAUGUGCUGCUGAUGAUCAAAACCAACACCAAGUCUGGCAAGACACCCAGCACACAGGUGCUGAGCAUCAUAGAAUUGGAGCAUGUAGAGCAGGAGGAGCCUCAGACCACCCAACCAUGGGAUUUUAAUCAGGAGCCCAGGUCUCCUUAGAUGACCUAUUUGUGAGAUUCAAGGAGUCUGUGCACCUGUUAUAAUUAUACACAGUAUACUCCAGCUCCUCCCCAAGUUCCAGGCCAGGAGAAUCAAUGCAGCUGCCCCUGCCCCAUCGUGCAUUCUUCCAUCCCCAGCCAGCCUGAUAGCCAUAGCAGUCUGAGUGCACAGUAGACUGUGGGGUGGGGGAGACUGGGCGCUGCAGGAGCAAGCCAAGCCCUUGCCAUCCCAUGCCACAUGGUUCUCCUUCGCCUUUCAGGAUGGGCCUUUUUCCGUGCCAGGCUUGGGAACACUGCCCAGUGUAGCAGUGACCUGAGCCACCUCCUCUCAGGCUGCUCCUGUGGCUUUAUUGCCCCUAAAAACACCAUCAGAAAUUUGCCGAGGGCUGGGGACAUAGCUCAGUUGGUAGAGUGCUUACCUUACAUGCACAAGGCCCUGGGUUCAAUCCCCAGCACCACCAAAAAAAAAAAAAAAAGAAAUUUGCCGAAGUCCAUUUUCAUAUUCUAGAGUUUGUUCUCUUAAACUUUUAUCCAAAUGCCUAAGAAUAUAAAGCAGGAACAGCAAAGAUACUUACUUCCCCUUCCGCCCCAGGAUCCCCUGAGGCCUCAGGAGUUACUGGCAGAACCUCAAGGUAGAAUAUGAGUCCACCUGCCAGGCAAAGCCAUCUGGUUGUUGGUAUUUGCAGAGUUUGGCAGCCCCAGCGGUCCCCAAAGCGGUCCCCUCGCUGUUGCAGCACCAAGAUGGAAAAGAGGGAGACACCCACCCUCUGGUGGUGAUUUCAGGAAUGACACCACCCUGAGAGCCAGCCCUCCAUGUGUUACAUGCCUCAGAUGGAGGAAAGCACCUUCUCUAAUUAAACAGUCGAUGCUGAUUACCCCUGUGGCCCAUUAAGGCCCUUGAGUCAUUAGUAAGCCACUCAGGGAUCUUUGGGAACUGGACACGUUUUGUUUUGCUACUAAAACACAGUCUCCUAGGAAUGUCUGAGUCAUUUGAGUUUUAGAGGAAAUUUUAUUAGCAGCUUGGGAUUUCCAAAUACAGGGUCAGCCAGAAAAUGCACAGCUUCAGCCCCACCACUCAAGCAAGACUCCAUCUAUACUAGGGGCUCUGUCCUAAGGCCUUGGGGUCCGUGCCCCUACAGCAGUAGUGUAGCUCUGCCCCCAUCUCUGCUAUUCAAAAAGAAGCUCAAAGCCCUAAGCCUAUUUUGUCCCCAUCCCAGCCCCUUCACAGCUAUCCACAUAGCUGCCUGCUUCUCCUGGUCCCCAGUGCAAGGUCGAUGCUUCCCAACCCCUGAGCUCAAUGGAUCCCUGCCUGCCGUUUCAUCUCUCCUGCUCCUAAACCCCCUUUGCCAUACCUUGUUCACCUUCUAAGAUACCUAUCACCUCUUGCCCCAUAAAGCGGUGUUUCUCACCUGUACCACCAGGGAUCUCACUAAAUUCAGUGGGCAUAGGGGAGGGCUGAGUUUCUGGAGUUCCAAUGAGAUCCCAGGUGAUGCUGAUGGCUCUGGUCCAUGGGUCCCAAGAGUGUCACGACCCAGGACAGUGGUUCUCCAUCUCAACUGCACAUUGAAAUCAUCUGAGGAGGUUACACACCACCGAAGCCUGGGUCCUAACCUGGAGGUGGUGGUUGAAGGGGUGUGGUGUGCAGCCUGGGCACUGGGAUUUUUAUAGAUCUCUUGGUGGUUCUAAUUGCAUCCCAGGCUGAGAACCACUGACCUGGAUGUAGAUCCAUGCUCCCACCCACCCCUAUACCUCCCUGCCUCCCUGCCCAAGGCAGCUAUCCUCACCAGAUACUGAUCCCUUGAUACCAUAACCAUGGCUUCCUUGCCAGGCAGACCUCUCUCAUCUGCUUCAGUGGAGUCCACUGCUGUCACUGGGAAGAAGGAAGGCCACACAGAAUGUGAUGUAAAUGGCAUCCCCUUGAAGUUGAGUAGCAAAGGGGCCUCUGUAAACUGACUGUCACACUGGCUCGGUAGCGACUGGUAUCUGAAGGCCAAGCUCAUGGUGGGUGCCCAAUUGAGAUGGCAUAGGAGUGAAAGAGUAGGGCCAGAGCAGUAAGUCUCAAUUUUGCAGCUGCCUUGCGAUUCCUGGGGUGCUGUGUUGGUUGUGCCAAGGACAUUGGCAAUACCAGCACAUCUGCCCUGAGGGGUAAAUGGUUGGUAAGCUACACCCACUGCUGUCCUUCCCCACAUCCCAACUCCUGUCUCCUGUCCUUCUGGUGCCGAAGGUAUUUGGGGGGCUGAGUAGAAUUUGACCAGUUACAGUUUUUAUUAAAUGUACAAUCUGACCAUGCCUGGAUUGCCCCCCAAUUAUUUGCAGGCCUCACUCCCUUCAACUUCCUCAAAUGUCACUUUCUCAAUGAGGCCUACCCUGACCACUUUAUUUAAAAUGUCAGCUCACCCUUCACCAUCCUAAUCCCUCCUAAUCCAUCUCUGGCCUUUUCCCUACAGUGUCUAUCUCCUUGUAGCAUGCUAUAACUUGUUCCAUUUACUGUUGGACUCUUCCACUAGUAUGCAAACUGCCCAAAGUCGGGGAGUGGGGGGUUCCCUGUUUUGCUCACAGUGCCACCUAGCACCAGGUGGGUGUCCAGCAUGCCUUUAAAUCCUGCUAUCUGCCUGGUCUUCUACCUGGCUUAGAUUUCAGAGCCAGGUCAGCCAUUGGCUAACUUUAGGCCACAGGUAACAAUAGACACCUGUCUGCAUCUCAAGUUGGGGGUUGUGCCUCUUGCAGUCCCAGCUACAAGGGAGGCUGAGGCAGGAGAGUAGUUUAAACCCAGGAAUUGGAGAUCAUCAGCCUGGGCAACACAGAGAGACCCCAGCUCAGAAAAAGAAAGAUCUGUCAAAAGAAGAGGGAAAUUGCCAGGCACAGUGGUGCACGCCUGUAAUCCCAGCAGCUUGGGAGGCUGAAGCAGGAGGAUCAUGAGUUCAAAGCCAACCUCUGCAAAAGCAAGGUGCUUAGCAACUCAGUAAGACCCUAUCUCUAAAUAAAAUAUAAAAUAGGGCUGGGGAUGUGGCUCAGUGGUCAAGUGCCCCUGAGUUCAAACCCCCCAAAAAGAAGAGAAUCAACCUUUACACAUUUUAAACAGCAGCACAGAGCAGCCUUUCCCUCCCACAGCAGUGGGUGAAGAUUCAAGUCACGUUGCUGGGGUUUCCUUCAUUCCCUUCUCCCUGUGGGCCUCCCCUCUCAGGGUAGAAGGGGCUGUCUCUCUGGGGAGCACCCACACUCAUUGGAUGCACACAGUACAGGGUGGACAGACAUCUGACUGCACCUGUUGACCAUGAGGACAAGGCUUCCUGCCCAGAGGAGACACUCCCGGGCACACAGCCUUCACAACUGCCCUUUCUAUUUACAGAUUGGCUCCAGUUUCAAAUGACAAUGAAAUGGCAUCAGUCUUAGGGGCCACCAACAUUGUGGUGGGUCUCAGGGAGGAUGUGGGGUUGGAGCUGGGUCUCUCCAGGCCCUGGAAAAGACAGCGCCGGCGGCCAUGGAGAGGAUUCAUAGACUGGGGCUGGGAGGAAAGAAAGUUGCAGGGGUGCUGAGGCAGCGGGAGGCUGGGCGGGUGAGAGGUGUGAAAGAUGAAAAUAGGGAUGAGGGGGGUGGCAGGAAUGUCACAUGGUGGGAAAAGAAGCAGGGGAGUGAGACAGGUGGGAUGGAUCAGGAGGUGAGGAGGACAGUGAUGAGAGUCCCAGAGACCUUAACGUUCAAGGGAUCUUUGUGUGGCAAUUGCUCCUGUGGGCAGCAGCCUUCGGCUUCUGUGGGCCUCCAGCAGGCGGGCGCGGGGAUGUCCCUCUGAAUGCACAGUGGAUGUUUCCCUGUCUGAGUCCCGUCCUCCUGCCCAUCUGGGACAGGCGGCCUUCUCACCUGGCUCUUUCUUGUGUCCGAGGCUGCUCCUGCAUUUCUCUGACCACAUCACAGCCAUCCUCACCAGGCUCCCUUGAGAUGCUUGGCUUCGAGUUUAGACCUGCAAGAUCUCACAAAGCCGAGGACCAGCCUGCCAUUACCAAAGUGUUAGAAAAUAUCUAGGAAGGCUUGAGUGAGCCCAGUUUCUUGAAGAGCGCUGGGCUCUGUCCUUCAAGCUUUCCCUGGAUGGAUUGUGAGGAAGAACUCUCCACCUGGAAGCAUUCGCAACGUUCCUUCAGAGUGAAGGGAGAACCUCAAAGCAAGCUGCCUUCCCGGCCCAGUGAUACCCUCGCGAUCUUCAGGAGGUCUAACUGGCUGAAGCCAUGCUGUGGGAAGAGAGCAGCCGUAUGGCAGGUAUUUUUGCUCAGUGCAAGUCUCAACAGUUUCCUGGUAGCCUGUGUAAUAUUGGUGGUGAUUCUCCUGACUCUGGAACUUCUAAUAGAUAUAAAGCUUCUCCAGUUUUCCAGUGCAUUCCAGUUUGCCAGCAUCAUCCACUGGAUCAGUCUGGUCAUUCUGUCUGUGUUCUUCUCAGAGACUGUUCUACGGAUCGUGGUCCUGGGGAUCUGGGAUUACAUCGAAAACAAAAUAGAGGUGUUUGACGGGGCUGUGAUCAUCCUGUCCUUGGCCCCGAUGGUGGCGUCUACCGUGGCCAAUGGGCCCAGGAGCCCCUGGGAUGCCAUCAGCCUCAUCAUCAUGCUCCGGAUCUGGCGUGUGAAGAGGGUCAUUGACGCAUACGUCCUGCCAGUGAAGGUGGAGAUGGAGAUGGUCAUCCAGCAGUACGAGAAGGCCAAGGUCACCCAAGACGAGCAGCUGGAGAGACUGACGCAGAUCUGUCAGGAGCAAGGGGCACACCCAGCCCAGCCCUUCUGCCUCUUGCAGUUUGAGAUUCGGCAACUGCGGGCACACCUGGCGCAGCAGGACCUGGAUCUGGCGGCGGAGCGCGAGGCUGCGCUGCAGGCUCCGCACGUGCUCAGCCAGCCCCGCAGUCGUUACAAGGUGGUGGAGGCCGGCACGUGGGACGAGGAGACAGCCGCGGAGAGCGUCGUGGAGGAGCUGCGGCCCUCGCAAGAAGCCGCUGUGAAGGACGACAUGAACAGCUACAUCAGUCAGUACUACAAUGGGCCCAGCAGCGACAGCGGGGUCCCAGAACCAGCUGUGUGUGUGGUCACCACGGCGGCCAUCGACAUCCACCAGCCCAACAUCUCCUCAGACCUCUUCUCAGUUGAUGUGCCCCUGAAGCUCGGUGGCAACGGCACCUGUGCCAGUGCCACCUCGGAGGGUGCCACCCACAGCUCAGUCACCUGGGCCCAGAGCGACAGCAGCCAGACCCUGGGCUCCUCCACAGACUGCAGCACCGCCCGAGAAGAGCCAUCCUCUGAGCCCGGCCCCUCUUCCCUGCCACUGCCGCCCCCACCCCAGCCGCAGAUGGCAGAGGCCACGGUGCGGGACCUGCUGUCCUCCCUGUCAGAGGACCCCUGCCCGUCCCAGAGGGCCUUGGACCCAGCCCCCCUGGCCCGGCCCAGCCCAGCCGGCUCGGCCCACGCCAGCCCUGAGCUGGAGCACAGGGUAAGUCUGUUCAACCAGAAGAACCAGGAGGGCUUCACUGUCUUUCAGAUCAAGCCUGUCAUCCACUUCCAGCCCGCCACCGCCGUGCUGGAGGAGAAGUUCAGAUCUUUGGAAUCCAAAGAGCAAAAGUUACACAGGGUCCCUGAGGCCUAGAGCCUGCAAGUUCACUGGGGGAGGAGGGGAGACAGCCAUCUUGAAGCUCUCUAGGGACCCCGGAGGCCACCGAAGGCCACACAGGGGCCCAGGAUCCUGCCUGGCCUCCCUCAGGGUGCUGCCUGCCUCCAGGGAGGUGACGCCAGACCAGGAGGCCACGUGCCUCAGACCUCAAAGCCCAGAGCUGGCGCCUCCUCUUGCCCUGCUCAGGGGAGGGUGGUGCUCAUGGCUGGGGUUUUGUUUUUGUUUUUGGGGUUUUUUUUAACCAUUUUUACAAAAACCAGCCUGUGGCCCAGUUUCAGCAGGGUAGAGUACGGGGGCCAGCUCAGCCUCUUCCGUUGCCUUCGUUCCUGAUGCCCACCCUGGACCCUCGGGAACAGCACUGUGAGCAGGGGCUGCAGCCCCACCCCAAGCCGUCUUUUCCAGGAAUCCUGGGUGGAGCCGACACAGACCACCAUCUGAGCCUAUUUCAUUUGUCCUCAUUUCUCAUUCCGGCAUGAGCAUUUCUGAGUUCUUCAAGACAAAUCUAGUUUUCACCUUCACACAAUGUGACGGACAGAUCUGGAGGGUGGGGGGCUGGGGAGG